UCUCAGUUUCUGAGCGCCGCCACAGUUGGCUAUGCACGUUUUCGCGUCUCGCUUCUAGGCUUGACAUAUCUUAUUUUCCAUAUCUUUCCAUGUGCCCUUUACUGGGAUAUACGCAAUUUCAAGGUGCACCAGCCGGGAGCCGGUUGUCUGCUAAGGAAGUGCUAACAAAGGAUUUUAGCAUGAAACUGUAAGAAUGACGACAAAGUUUGCCAUGUUGAUUUCGUUUACGAUAGGAUCACGAUAUUAUCGAAAAAUACCAUAGCCAAACAUAAAUCAUGGCUUGGCCUUUUAAGAGCUUGUUACUGGCGGCUUCUUUGGUCACUCAUGUUGGUUUCCUGGAUGCUAAAAGUCACUUUAGACAGAAUGUGAAAUCAACCACAAGUGAACCGGAAGACCUGGAACUGGAAGUAGUUCGUUUUGGUGCCAUACUACCCAAAACGUCACUCAUAACAGUAUCGAGACAGUAUAACAAGAAAAUAACUGACUCAUUGGAAACUCUUACGAAAGGAAGGAAUGCCAAAUUUAGUUUUGGUCGAUAUCAAAAAGUCGUGAAACCAUUAAUAGUUCCCCUUCCUUUAGACCCAAGUCCAACUGUGGUGCUGAACGCUCUGUGCCAACAGAUGCUGCCAGAAAAUGUUAUUUCCAUCCUUUAUUUAACGAACGCAGAGGUCUACGGUAGCAACGCAGCAUCUGCUCAAUACCUGUUACAACUAACUGGAUAUUUAGGAAUACCUGUUAUUGCUUGGAACGCUGAUAACAUCGGUCUUGAAAAGAAUCAGAGGCUUCCACAAUCUCAAGUUUUACAACUAGCACCGUCCGUGGAGCAUCAGUCAUCGGCAAUGCUUAGCAUCCUCAGGAGAUACUCCUGGCACAAAUUCGCCAUCGUCACCAGCCAAAUUGGAGGACAUGACGACUUUGUUAGAGCAAUCAGAGAUCAAGUCCUUGCCAUAGUAGAUUUCAAAUUCACGAUAAUGGAUAUCUAUACAUUAAAAGCACGUGAUCCUGAAGAGGCUCGUCACGAAAUGUUAGAGCUUGCAAAUAGUGAGGCCAGAGUUUUUCUACUUUAUUGCAAUCGCCAAGAAGCAAUGUACAUCAUGAGAGCUGCAAAUGAAUUGGAUCUAACGGGAAAGAAUUACAUUUGGAUCGUUACUCAAUCAAUUGUUGGCCCAGCCUUUUCUAAUACACCACCUCCGCCAGAUUUUCCACCAGGUCUUCUGGGUAUACAUUUUAAUACAACGAUGCACCGUUUGAUGGAAGAAAUAGAACGAUCAGUCAAAAUAUUUGUUCAUGGCUUAGAACAGUUCCUAGAAGAUCCUCAGAAUGUAAAUAUGUCUCUGGCUCACAAUUUGAAUUGCACCUCGAAUAGUGAUAUAAAAUGGAACAAAGGCGAGCACUUUUUUAAAUACUUGCGUAAUGUGAGCAUAAAGGAGAAAGGGGGGAAGGCUGAUUUAGAAUUCAAUCUAGACGGAACCCUCAAGUAUGUUGAACUGGAAGUUAUGAACCUUAACAACAUGGGAUUCUGGGAAAAGAUCGGUGUAUGGACGGAAGAUGGAUUGGACAUUAAGGACAUUGUGUGGCCUGGAGAUUCACCAGUUCCUCCACCGGGAGUUCCAGAGAAAUUCAACAUGAAGAUCACGUUCAUGGAAGAACCUCCUUAUGUGAAUCUAGUUCCUCCAGAUAAUGAGACGGGGGAGUGUGAGACAAGCAGAGCUGUGCGUUGCAGGGUGGCUCCCAGAUCAGCUAUAGAGGGGGCUAACAUUACGAUGGCCAUGCGUAACUCUAAUUAUUUUAUGUGCUGUUCCGGUUUCUGCAUUGACCUGCUGCAAAAGUUUGCCAAUGAUUUGAGAUUCAGUUAUGAUCUGUAUCGUGUAGAGGAUGGAAUAUGGGGAGUCUUUGAGAACAACACAUGGAACGGAUUGAUUAAGGAAAUCUUGGACGGAAAUGCCGACAUGGUAGUUACUUCUAUUAAGAUCAAUUCAGAACGACAAAAAGCAGUCGAUUUCACGGUUCCAUUCAUGGAGACAGGAAUCGCAAUAGUUGUCGCCAAAAAGACUGGAAUUAUUUCGCCCAAAGCCUUCCUAGAACCAUUUGAUACAACGUCAUGGUUGAUGAUCCUUCUUAUCAGUAUACAAUUUGCGGCGAUAGCAAUUUUCUUCUUCGAAUGGCUGAGCCCCUCGGGCUAUGACAUGAAAAUGUUACCCCCCAGAGAGCACCGUUUCUCGCUGUUUCGUACUUAUUGGCUAGUGUGGGCCAUUCUGUUUGGGGCAGCGGUCAACGUGGACUGCCCGAGGGGUUACACUGCCCGCUUCAUGUCGAAUGUGUGGGCAAUGUUCGCCGUAGUCUUUCUCGCCAUCUAUACUGCCAAUUUGGCUGCCUUUAUGAUUACUAGAGAAGAAUUUUAUGACCUCACAGGAAUUGAAGACGAAAGGCUAUACAAUCCACGCAAGACUACCCCUCCAUUCCGGUACGGCACCAUACCCCACGGAAACACGGAAGCUGUGCUAAGAGUCAACAAGCCCGAACUUUUUCAAUACAUGAAGGCAUUCAAGAAGAAAACCGUACUUGAAGGCAUCAGGGCAGUCAAGAAAUCGGAAUUGGAUGCAUUUAUUUAUGAUGCUACCGUACUGGAGUACUUAGUCGGCCAGGAUAAUGAAUGCCGUCUUCUAACUGUUGGGUCUUGGUACGCCAUGACUGGAUAUGGAUUUGCUAUGCCAAAGGAAUCCAAAUAUCUUCAAGUAUUUAACAAAAAAAUGAUAGAAUAUAGAGAAAAUGGGGACAUCGAACGUUUGCAACGAUUUUGGCUACAAGGAGUUUGUAAACCGCAAAACCAGAAACGUAAUGCCAGCAACCCUCUAGAUAUCAACCAAUUUAUGAGUGCCUUUUUGCUUCUUGGAUGCGGAGUGCUUUUUACACUUUUUCUGCUUGGAUUGGAGCAUGUUUAUUUCUUUUAUGUAAGGAAACACAUCUCCAAAAAAGACAAUGGCGGAUGCUGUACACUUGUUAGCCUCAGCAUGGGCAAGUCCUUGAGCUUUCGUGGAGCUGUAUACGAGGCUCAGGACCUGAUCAAGCACCAUAGAUGCAAAGAUCCGGUCUGUGACACUCAGCUUUGGAAAGUGAAACAUGAAUUAGACAUGGCAAGAAUCAGGAUUCGCAAGCUCGAAAGUUUUAUUCUUACAUUGCAAGGAAACAACGCAAUUCCCGCCAUCAAUCAAGCUAGAGACCUCACAAGGAAUCACGUGAUAACGAACGAGCCAAUCAAGAAUGCAUUAGCGAUUUUAUCUAAAGAGCCCAUUACUCAAUCAUACACCGAGAUAGCAGAAAUUGAGACUGUAUUAUGAUUCUUUAUAAUUAUAUAUAAUAUUUGUUCCUGAGAAAAAUUGUGUGGGUAAAUUUACCUUUUAACCUCUCACUUGUUAUGGCAUGCAUGUAUAUAAUUCUAUGGAUAAUAAAAGUAUACAUUAUUUACUCUCAUC